CCCGGCGCUCGGGGCUCCGGGGAUGGCGGGGGAGGCGCGCGGGAGUGGCCGCGGGGAGCUUCGGCUUCAAGGCCCUGGACGUCCGCGCGCGGAUGCGGGGCUGGGGCGGGUUGGGGCUGGGCCGGGUCUUGAAGAUGUCAUGGGCCGCGGAGCCGCGCGGAUUCUGGGCUGUGAGGCGGGUACGGCCUUUCCGGAGGCGCCGCUCCUGGGCGUCCUUUCAGGCGGGCGUGGAGGCGCCGGCCUCGGGCGCGUUUGGCCUCGACCGCGGGCCAGCCCAGUUGCCGUGCCGUGGCCCUAAGGAGCGGCUGCCCUGCUGGACCGCAUCCACCCGCAGCCUGGCUCUGCCGCUAUCGAAGGAGGCUUUUAAAGCGCUGGGAUUACAGAGACCUAGGCUUCCACUGUUCCAUUUUACUAUAUUCUGUUUCCCUGAGAGCGGUGUUUCAGUUAUAUAGCAAGUGUACCUCUGGCCUUAGAUGAUCAUGAAUUCCAAGUUCCUAGCAAGAGGGAAAGAGAUUUCAUGUGCAAUGUGAAUAUACCAGUUGAAGUACAUUUCUCCCGAAGUCCACAGAUCCUGGUCCCUACAAAUAAGCCUGCUCAUGUGAGAUAAGAAAGGAGUUCCUGGAACCAGGAAUUCAUUCUCAGUGUAGAAGACCUAGCUGAGAUCUCACUCCACAGUUUUGGGGCAGAAGCAGAAGAGACGCACAGUAGAACCGAUCUCAGCCUUGCUGAUCAUCUCGUACAGCAGCAGAAAAUGACCAUGUUACAGGAGUCAUUCUCAUUUGACGAUUUAUCUGUGGACUUCACCCAAAAGGAGUGGCAGCUACUGGAUCCCUCUCAGAAGAAUUUAUACAAGGAUGUGAUGUUGGAGAACUACAGCAGCCUAGUGUCACUGGGGUAUGAAGUUAUGAAACCAGAUGUCAUCUUCAAAUUGGAGCAAGGAGAAGAGCCAUGGGUAGGAGAUGGAGAAAUUCCAAGUUCAGAUUCUCCAGAAGUCUGGAAAGUAGAUGGUAACAUGAUGUGGCACCAGGAUAACCAAGACAAGCUUAAAAUUAUAAAAAGAGGUCAUGAAUGUGAUGCAUUUGGAAAAAAUUUCAAUCUGAACAUGAACUUUGUUCCUUUAAGGAAAUCAAACAAUGAAGGUGACUUAGAUGGAUUGAUUUUAAAACAUCAUUUAGAUUUGCUUAUUCCAAAAGGAGACUAUGGAAAAGCAGAAUCAGAUGACUUUAAUGUGUUUGAUAAUUUUUUUCUCCAUUCCAAGCCUGAGGAUACUGAAACCUGGUUAAAAUACUAUGACUGUGAUAAAUAUAAAGAGAGCUAUAAAAAGUCACAGAUUAUCAUAUAUCAUAGAAAUCGUUUAGGGGAGAAACUCUAUGAAUGCAGUGAAUGUAGGAAGCGCUUCAGUAAGAAACCAAGUCUCAUUAAACAUCAGAGCAGACAUAUAAGAGACAUAGCCUUUGGCUGUGGUAAUUGUGGCAAAACCUUUCCCCAGAAGUCUCAGUUUAUUACACAUCACAGAACUCAUACAGGAGAAAAACCUUAUAAUUGUAGCCAGUGUGGGAAAGCCUUCUCCCAAAAGUCACAGCUCACAUCCCAUCAGCGGACACAUACAGGAGAGAAACCAUAUGAGUGUGGCGAAUGUGGGAAAGCCUUCUCCCGGAAGUCACAUCUCAUAUCACAUUGGAGAACACACACAGGAGAGAAACCCUAUGGAUGCAAUGAAUGUGGGAGGGCCUUUAGUGAAAAGUCCAAUCUCAUUAACCAUCAGAGAAUUCAUACCGGUGAGAAGCCUUUUGAAUGCAGGGAAUGUGGGAAAGCCUUCAGCAGGAAGUCACAACUCGUUACACAUCACAGAACUCACACAGGAACAAAACCCUUUGGAUGUAGUGAUUGUAGAAAAGCCUUCUUUGAGAAGUCAGAGCUUAUUAGACAUCAGACAAUUCAUACUGGAGAGAAGCCCUAUGAAUGCAGCGAGUGUAGGAAAGCAUUUAGAGAGAGGUCAAGUCUCAUUAAUCAUCAGAGAACACAUACAGGAGAGAAACCUCAUGGAUGCAUUCAGUGUGGGAAGGCCUUCUCCCAGAAGUCACAUCUCAUAUCACAUCAGAUGACACACACAGGAGAAAAACCCUUUAUAUGCAGUAAAUGUGGGAAAGCCUUCAGCAGAAAAUCACAGCUCGUUAGACAUCAGAGAACUCAUACGGGAGAAAAACCGUAUGAAUGCAAUGAGUGCGGGAAAGCUUUCAGUGAAAAAUUAAGUCUCACUAAUCAUCAGAGAAUUCAUACAGGAGAAAAACCAUAUGUAUGCAGUGAAUGUGGGAAAGCCUUUUGUCAGAAGUCACAUCUCAUAUCACAUCAGAGGACACAUACAGGGGAGAAACCCUAUGAAUGCAGUGAAUGUGGGAAGGCCUUUGGUGAGAAGUCAAGUCUUGCAACUCAUCAGAGAACUCAUACUGGAGAAAAACCGUAUGAAUGCAGGGACUGUGAAAAAGCUUUCUCCCAGAAAUCACAGCUAAAUACCCAUCAGAGAAUUCACACUGGAGAGAAACCCUAUGAAUGCAGUCUUUGUAGGAAAGCUUUUUUUGAGAAGUCAGAGCUAAUUAGACAUCUGAGAACUCAUACAGGAGAAAAACCUUAUGAAUGCAAUGAAUGUAGAAAAGCCUUCAGGGAGAAGUCAAGUCUCAUCAAUCAUCAGAGAAUACAUACAGGAGAGAAACCUUUUGAAUGCAGUGAGUGUGGCAAAGCUUUCUCUCGGAAGUCACACCUUAUACCACAUCAAAGGACACAUACGGGUGAGAAACCCUAUGGAUGCAGUGAAUGUAGGAAGGCCUUCUCUCAGAAGUCACAGCUGGUUAAUCAUCAGAGAAUUCAUACAGGAGAGAAGCCUUAUCAAUGCGUUGAAUGUGGGAAAGCUUUCUCACAGAAGUCACAGCUCAUCAAUCAUCAGAGAACUCAUACAGUAAAAAAAUCCUAGGAAUACAGUUAAUAGUCUUUGACAGAUUAUCUCGGACUUCAGGAAAUGCAAUUAUGAUAACGUUUUUAGACAGUCACAUCGUGUUGGGUGUCUGUACUCCAUGAGGAUGAGAACUCUAAAUGAGGUGGUAUAUGGAAAGCUGACCAUAAUUUAUGGAGUAGAGUGAACCUAUGCAGUGGAUCUCAAAAACUCUUAAAACCAUAGUCAAGCCUUAUGGAGUAGAACAUUCACAGCAAAGAAGAAUCCUGUGAAUAUCCAAAAGCCUUCCAGAAGUCAACUCUCUUAAGCUAUUAGAAAUAUUCCCACUGGGGAUGAGGGAAAACCCCAUGAAUGCAGGAAAUGAGGCAAUAUUUUGAAGAAAUGACAGUUCAUUGUACAUAAGGAAAUGCCCUUAGGAAUGAAGUUCUAUGAAAGCACUAAAUAUGGGACAGUGCAACAAGUAACCAGACUAUUUUGUAUUUUGGAGAAUUCAUAUUAUGGAGAACCUAACAAUUUAAAGACACUGGGAACACUUGCCCCUCAAUAUAGUACUGUCAAGGGAAGCCAUACACUUUUUGUAGACAUGGGUACCAAAAAUACCCAAUUCUAAGUGGUUGACAGAUGUUCACUUUGAAGUGUGAAGUUUUAAAAAUACGUGAAUAAAUUGGUCAUUGAAACAUCUAAGACAUUUGUUAGUGGUAUUUGUGGCUUAUCUUCUAGUGUCACAUAUGUUUUGUGUUUUGGACUUACAUAUAAUUUAAUGUAAUUGGGAGUAUGAAAUGCAUACGCCUUUUAGUGCCUCUGAUGUCUGUGAAGACAACACUACACACCACUGGUUUUUGUUUUUUACCAGUAAUAUAAAAAAUGGAAACUCAUGUAACAUGGCUACAUGAAUAAGUACCUUAAGUGAUAACCCAUUUCUUUUUCCUUAUAGACAUACAUAAGGGGUCUUUUGUUUUUACGGACCUUUCUAUUCAGUAACUGAUGCCAACAUUAUGUAAGUCUUAUGCAUCCUCAGAGUCUGAGUAACAGUUUAUAUAAAAUAAAUAUGCAAAGGCAGGAACCACAGAAUAACCAUAGUAAUAUAUAACUGAAUGAGCAAAAUAAAGAUGUGUGAACUACAUUACAACACCCAAACUAAACGAAAUAAAGUAGUGCUGUAUCAAAUCUUUUUCUCAUUUAGUAAGGUGCCUCCAUAUAGUAUAUAUAUAUGUAUCUUGAGUGAUAUGUAACCCAAAUGCCACUAUUUUAAUUUACUGUGAUAAAGUAUCAUGGAUAUUUUGUGCUGCUAUUAUGCUUUUUGUAUUGCAUAAAAUAUCUUGUAAAAAUUAGAUGGAUAAAUGAAUUAUUAAUCACAUUUCUGAAGAUGUAAAAUAUUAGGGAAUUUUGUGCUGGAAAAACAUUUUUGACAUUCAAGGACGCCUAUUUUAUCUUCUAGCAAAUUUCUGUGGUCCCUGGAAAAGUACAGAUGAUCCUGGACUUACAGUGGGGUUACAUCCCAAUAAACCCAUUGUAAGUUGAAAACAUUGUAAGUAAAAAAUGCAUUUAAUACACCCAACUUACCAAACAUCAUAGCUUAGCCUAGCCUACCUUAAACAUUCUCAGAACACAUUCUAAUGCAUUGUCUAUUUUAUAAAAAGAUGUUGGAUAUCUGAUGUAAUUGAAUACUGAAAGUGAAAAAUAAUAGUUGUAUGGAUACCAUUGUAAUGUUGAGAAACUAAGUCACAUCCUCUUAAGUCAGGAACUAUCUGUAUAAGGAAACAAAAUUUCCAUUUUAUCAUUUGAAAUGUAUUUGACUUUGUUUCACUAGUUGCAUUAUCCCCAUGGAAAACUUCACAUUGAGAACUUACUAUAUAAGUAUAUUUCCAUAAAAAUGCAUGAACCAUCCCUUAGCUAAGUAAGGAUUUUGUAAUGUUCUCUCAGUAAUGUUGCUUGGCAAAGUUAAUAUUUUUUGUAUGCUGAUGAAAUUUAGAAAAGUCCAAUAUUGAGCUUGAUUGCAAACUUAGAAACUAACUCAAGACUUCUCCUUUUAUGUUCAAAUUGUUGUGUCAGUAUGGUAUUUCGCACCUUUACCUUAAACAGUAUUUUCUCCUUUAAUUAUUGAUUUUGCAACAUUUUGGGAAAGUUGGAAUUUUAAGUAAAUGAGAAUAAUUUUCUAAACCAGCAUACCAGUUCAACAGCCAAAUAAUUCUGUCUUUCCAUGCUGUAAUUUUAAAGCAUCUAAUUUUCCAACUUUUCAUACUGAAGCGUAUGAACUUCCUGGCUGGGCACAGUGGCUCACGCCUGUAAUCCCAGCACUUUGGGAGGCUGAGGAGGGUGGAUCACUUGAGGUCAGGAGUUCAAGACCAACAUGUUCAUGGCCAACAUGGCGAAACCCUGUCUUUACUCAAAAAGAAUUUGCCGGGCAUGGUGGCAUGUGCCUGUAAUCCCAGUUACUUGGGAAGCUGAGGCAGGAGAAUCACUUGAACCUGAGAGGCAGAGGUUGCAGUGAGCCAAGAUCGUGCCAUUGCACUCCAGCCUGGGGGACAGAGUGAGCCUCUGUCUCAAAAAAAGAAAAAGAACUUCUUACUUGUUAAUAUCUCAAAUUCAAUUUACUAGACGUGGAAGACCAACUAAUGCAAAUGAACAGUUACAGGGUGAUGUUGUACUUUGUGAUUUUUGCCCUAUUUUUUCUUUCCAUCUGUCAUCCUCUUUCCAAUCCCAGAGAUUGAUUCAUUAGGUCUUGGAAAUUCUAGAUUAUUCCAUUAACUAUUAAGCAGUUAAACCUGAUACUUCCUACACUAGAUAAUGGAACUUCAACAUUAGCCUAUUGAUUGCCCAAGAACAAACAUUUUUUUCUAAACGUCAGGUGUUAUGGGGAGGAUUGAUGCUGACAGCAGAGGUCUAGUUAAGAACUGAUGCAGAGGUUCAAAUACAUUGUGCAGUAAUCACUGGAACUCACCAUCUAAAGUGUCAUGAGAGCUCUGAUUCUGAAAUUAGAGAUUUUUUAGUGUGUUUUUGAAAUUACCUUGUAAACCACAAAUCUAUGUCUCUGCAUUGCCCCUUAUUGGUUCCUACCACAAAUUCUACAUCAAGAAGAAAGUUUUAGAGUGGAUUUAUUUUUGAUUUUAUGGAGCACAAUAAGGUACAUUGAGAUAGCAUGCUAAAGGAGGCCAAAUACAGGAAGCAUCACCUUUUCUUGUUCUCUUACGGCCUGGAUUUUCCCACUGACCUGGAAUUGUGCACAGUUCUACAAAGGACAAUUUAGGUUGUUUUCCUUUUACUAAGUAGUGGGUUUUCCUUAAGGUCCAGACUGAAUUUUGAGACCUGUACCCGGAUUGCCUUCUGUGUGGCUUUUUCUUGCAGGAUCUGACAUCAUUAUCUAUGGGUCCAUAUAUUUGUGAUACUUUAGUUUCAGGAACAUCACUUUUAGAAUGUUGACAUAAGAUGCACCCACAGAAUGCCAUAUUUAUCAAAAGUAACUUUCUAGCAAAAUCUACAGCAGUUGGCAUUUGGAAUCUGCAUUUGAGACCUUUGCAGUCAUUUGGUCAUUCCAGCAAUCUAUGUCCAGGUUGUCAAUUUCAGAGGUCUUACUAGUCUAUACAGGUACCAAUAAGCUUUCAGAUGUUCAACACCUACCCCUGGCCUAACUGCUGAUAAAUUUAACCAACCAUAACCCUUGCAGAUGUAUGCACGUUUUCUGCACCUUGCUAUCAUUUUUCAGUCCAUUUUUCACAUGUAUACAUAGUGAUUAUUUUUAAAUACAACCCUGAUUACACAUGCCUCAUGUUGAAAUAUCGUGUGGCUUUAUUGUGUAACAUAAAGUGUAACAUUCUCCUUAUGGUACGCAAGGACUUUUGUACAAAGCAAUGCCUAUCUGUCAUUUCUGAAAACUUUUUCCUCCUAUGCAAUAUUUUCUGGCCUCUGUGAACAACUUGUAGUUCCUUGAGAUAUCUAUUAUCACUUACGUUUUUGCAAAUCUGCAAUUGAAAUGCCCUUGUUCCUUGUUAAUGCCUAUUGAAUCUAUAUGAACCUGUACGUGUGUUUCGCACUGUGAUAAUAUAUUCAUUGCAUGUUUUAUCUUUCCCACUAGAAAGCUUCUAGAAAGCUAGGACUAUCUCUUUUGUCUAUGUAAUUUUAGCAUCACAAGCUAUAUUUAAAUGUGGGUGCAGUGAGUGGCUGUUUUCUGCCAUGGAGAAACAUGGUCUGCAGUGAGAGAGAAGAAUGAAGCCAUCAUGAAAGCAAAAUCAAGAAAGAGUCCCGAUUGUGUUCCAGUACCUGGUUCUUUUGGUCUUCAUGUCCAGGUCCACCUCUGCCCUUUUCAUGUCUUGAUUGUUGAAUUCUUCUGUGAGAUACUCCAAAUAUCCUAAUAAAUUCUCAUGUUUGCUUCA